GGGUUGCUGGUCUCCACGAGCCAUUCCCGGCUGCUGGGGCCGCCUGCUCGUGGCGCAUGGGUCUUCUCCUAGGCGGGUCCCCAUGCGCUCGGGCCAUGGCGCGCUUGGGCGCUGUGCGCUCCCACUACUGCGCGCUGCUGCUGGCCGCGGCGCUUGCCGUCUGUGCCUUCUACUACCUGGGCUCGGGCCGGGAGACCUUCUCCAGCGCCACCAAGAGGCUGAAGGAAGCCCGCGCCGGGGCCCCCGCCGCGCCCUCGCCGCCUGCGCCGGAGCUGGCGCGCGGCUCUGUGGCGCCGGCAGCGGGCGCCAAGGCCAAGAGCCUGGAGGGCGGCGGGGCCGGGCCGGUGGACUACCACCUGCUGAUGAUGUUCACCAAGGCGGAGCACAAUGCUGCGCUGCAGUCCAAGGCCCGCGUUGCGCUGCGCUCGCUGCUGCGCCUCGCCAAGUUCGAGGCGCACGAGGUACUUAACCUGCACUUCGUGAGCGAGGAGGCCAGUCGCGAGGUGGCCAAGGGCCUGCUGCGGGAGCUACUGCCGCCCGCCGCCGGCUUCAAGUGCAAGGUCAUCUUCCACGACGUCGCUGUGCUCACGGAUAAGCUCUUCCCCGUCGUGCAGGCCAUGCAGAAGCACUUCAGUGCUGGCUCGGGGACCUACUACAGCGACUCCAUCUUCUUCCUCUCGGUGGCCAUGCAUCAGAUCAUGCCCAAAGAGAUUCUGCGGAUCAUUCAACUGGACCUCGACCUGAAGUAUAAGACCAACAUCCGGGAGUUGUUCGAGGAGUUUGACAAUUUCCUGCCAGGUGCUGUCAUUGGCAUAGCCAGAGAGAUGCAGCCGGUGUACAGGCACACCUUCUGGCAGUUCCGCCACGAGAACCCCAAGACCAGGGUGGGGGGCCCGCCCCCUGAGGGGCUCCCUGGCUUCAACAGCGGGGUGAUGCUGCUGAACCUGGAGGCCAUGCGCCAGUCCCCGCUCUACAGCCGCCUGCUGGAGCCCGCGCAGGUGCAGCAGCUCACGGACAAGUACCGCUUCCGCGGCCACCUCGGGGACCAGGACUUCUUCACCAUGAUCGGCAUGGAGCACCCCGAGCUCUUCCACGUGCUCGACUGCACCUGGAACCGGCAGCUUUGCUCCUGGUGGAGGGACCAUGGCUACAGUGACGUCUUCGACGCCUACUUCCGGUGCGAGGGUCACGUCAAGAUCUACCAUGGGAACUGCAACACCCCCAUCCCAGAGGACUAGUCCGUCCUCGCCUGCCACGUCCCCGGGACCCCCAGAUCCAGGGAGGAGGGGGCACGCCUCGGACAGACCCAGGGCAGGUCUGAGCGCAUGCGGGGACACUGCAGAGGCGCCUCCCGUGGUCAAGGUGCUGCACGCUGCCCACUUGCUGCUCCACGUCCUGAUGCCACUCAGCCAGGACUGGCCUGGGCGUUGCUGGUGCUUGGGACAUCUCCCUCCAAAAUGGCCAUGUGGACAUCUGCCCGUGAGCCAAGGAGCAGGGCUGAAGAGAAGGAAGGAAAAACCUGGUUCCUCUUCCCUGCAGCCCCCGGGAAUGGAGAGCCUUUUAAGAACCAGCCCCUCUCGGAACAAAUAUAGAUGCCGCUUCAAUUGACAGGCUCUGGUUUUGCUAAAGAACAAACAGUACUGCGGCAGCUCCCAGUGAGCUCCAAAGGAUUGGACCCGGGUUCUAACAACCAGCCGAAUCCCAGCCUGCAGACGCCAGGCCUCCACAGUCUCACCUGGGAGGCCGUGUGCUUGGUCCCACGGCACUUGGUGCGGGGUGAAGUUGGCCACCUGCUUGGGGAAGGCUCUGAGGGCCACGUAAGCAAAGUAGGCCCAUUACUGAAGCAGUCACAGCUGCUGUCUUCCGGCUGCAUCCCAGAAGCCACCUCGUUAUCUCGUGUUCCUCCAGCCCAGCUCCAGGCGACCAGACUAUGUUCGGAACCCAGCCCACCGUCAAGAGCAGAAACUGGCCACCCCUGAGGACGUGCGAUGCCGUUGUCCGGGCCAGGGAUGCUCAUCUUAAGGAGGUCCGCAGUCGUCCACAGGAGCAGCCAUGUGGGCUGGGAAGGGGUGUCGCUCAUAGGCUUGUAAGCAUUCCUGUCUCUGGGUUUAAGUAGAAAUCUAUAUCUCUUGCGACUUUGUCACGGCCCACGCCGGACCUGUACCCUAAUAGAAAUUAGAGUUUCGUAUCUUUAUUGCUUUUUUGAUGGGUUCUCCUGUAUGUAAGCUGCAAACUUGAACCCCCUGGUGGUCCAUUUCGUGUAGCCCAGCCCCAGCCCUGGGGGACACUGUUGUGGGGUCUUCAUCUUAACUGUGUUUCAAGUUCAUUUACUUCUUGGCUCUCCACCACGAGGGAGACUAGCUAAUAAAGGAUCUUUGAGAACCCAGCGAUUCGCGCUGCCUGUCCUUGGCUCCCUGUUUUCAGCCACAUGCACGUUCUGGAUGAUGUGUUGACGGAUGUCAUUCAGAGCUCCCCUGCCAGCACCCGCGGUUGAGUGCACUGCCGUCUCUGAGGACCGGAAGAAGGGCGUGCCUGGACAGGUAACAGGGAAGGUAGGACCGUUGCAUUAUGCUCGUAGGAAAGAAUCAUGUCGGCCCAGGUACUAACAGGCCCAGGGGCAGCCCCUCCCUUCUCGCCCUCAGCCCACUUCUGCCUGACCCUCUGCUGGGGCAGAAUCCGUCAGCUCUCUUGGUAACUUGAUUUCCUUUUUAUUGCCAGCAAUUAUUGAUGGCCUGCUGUGUGCCGAGCACUGAUAAUAUCAAUAUGCUAUUGAUAAUAGUUGUCAGAAACUCAGGAUGAUUUCAAUUCUCAAAUGUGUAGUGAGAAAACAAGAGAUGUGGACAGGGAGUCGUGCACCGUGGUGCUUGUCACAGCAGUUUCCGGGAAGACAAGGCUGCAGACAACUUACAAAGUUGACUAGGAAGUGGGUAAAUACAUGAUGCAGCUGGAUACUGGAAUACUUUUGAAAUGGAAAACCACAUUUUUGGAGCAGCGUUUCAUGCCCUGGGAGAUGCGUGCAGUGUGCUAUUAAUGGAAGAAUGCAAGAUGUAAGGUUAUAUAUAUGUAGGGUGUGAUCCUAACGUUCAAGAUUAUAUGUAUGUGUGUAUUUGUAGGUAAACAGACUUGACAUAUGUGUAUUAUAAAGAGAGCGUGUGUUCUGCUUUAUUUCAUUACUUUAACUCCUAAAAAAGCCAUAUGUUUCAGAUACCACAUUUAAAAAUAACGAUUUUCAUGGAGAAACACGUGGAUUACAGGCCAGAGAACUUUGGGCCGACGAUAACAGAGGUGUCUGCUGCGGCGAUUCUGGUCAUGCUGGCGUCUGUGCGCUGCUGAGUGUUUUUGUUAUUUCCAGGAGAAACGGUGACCUGGGUAGUUAAAAUGUGCGGAAGCCACAUCAGACCUUAUUUCCUUUCCUCACUCCUCUUUGCGCUCACUCGGGAGCUUGUCCUGCCCUGUCCCCAGGGCCUUGACCUCGCAACGCCAUGGUGAACAGCAGAGUGACACUCAGCAAGAGACCCAGCCAGACUGAGGAGGCGCCGCGGCGUCCCCACGCCUCUCCCGGGGUAGACCCGAUGCAUCACGCGGUGCUGACUCGUACUUGGCUCCGCCUGGAAUCAGCGGCACACAAACCUAACUGACGGCGCUGUGAGCACUCACUGUCGACAGUGCACCUGUGGGUAUAUAACUGAAAAGAGGACAUUUAUGGGCACCGGAUUAAGGUGCUUUUUAUAUAGUUCUGCAUUUUACAUGUGUUGCAUAGUGACUAUUAACUAAUUAAAUAAUAAAUGCCACACGCCUCCCCAGUUACAGAGAAGCAUGGUGCCAGCCACUUUGCAGCCCCUGGCUGGCCGUGGUCGACAUCACCCAAUGGAAGAUAUAUUCUAGGCCAACUAGGUUCAGGGUCUCCAACUUCCCCCACAGAUGCCCUAGUU